AUGUCAAGCCUUCCAAACGGCUUCUCUCAUAACGAAUACCCCGUCGUCGAAUCCUCGAUUGCUGUCUCUACUUCGUCCCUUGACAAUGCCACCACCGAGGCCGAGAUUCGCGAUGCGCUUGCCGCCCUCCAUGCCCGCGAGACUUCUAUAACCUCCCGACUCGAUGCUCUCGUAGCUUCCCAAGCCGACCUCUCCCGCGAUCUAGGCCGACUGGAUCUUCUACGGGCUGGACUGGGAGCGCAAGUCAUCGCCGCACGAUCGAUUGGAAAUGAUAUGCUGGCGACGGCAGCAGAUACGGCUGGCCGACUAAGCGACAGAGUCAAAGAACUGGACCUGGAGAAAAGUCGAGUCGAAGAGACACUAGGAGUAGUGGAGCAGGUUGCGGAGCUGAAGGCAUGUGUCAACGGCGUGGUCGGUUCCAUGGGCGCACCCCAGGACUGGGAGGCCGCUGCUGGAUACAUAUCAAGAGCCAGUAACGUACCAGAGGAGAUCACAAAGGGAUCAUUCGCCGUUGGCAUAGUACCCAGCGUCGAAGUACCCGACCCGCCGUGGGUGACGCUUGAGGAAGCCAAGGAGAGUCUAUGUGGCCUCUUCUUGCGAGAGUUCGAAAAGGCAGCAGAGGAAAGUGAUGGAACAAAGGUUACACGGUUCUUUAAGCUCUUUCCGCUGAUAGGAAGAGCAGACGUUGGACUGGAUGUUUAUGGACGAUACGUAUGCCAGGGAGUUGCCGGGACAGCUCGGGCGACGCUCAAGGAUGCCAUGAAUGGUCAACGCAGGGAGGGCUUCUUCUAUGCGAACGCUCUGACAAAACUGUUUGAGCAUAUCGCACAGAUUGUAGAAGGUCACGGUGGACUCGUGGAACGUCACUACGGCACCGGCAAGAUGGUCCGGGUGAUUGAACGUUUGCAGAUGGAAGCGGAUGUCCAAGGUGGCAUUAUUGUCGACACCUGGAGCGACGAGAGGGGAAUCGACAGAAAACUUACUGACGUCAGGAGUUACCCAUUCUCGUUCCUUGUCCAGAGCUUUUUGCCCCAGCCGCCCCGUGGUGGUACACCAAGAGUGAACUCACCGGCUAUUGGACAAGGCAACAACCCUCGAGAGAGUGAGGAUGAGGGCGUGAACAUGAGAGAGGUCGAUGGCCUACUCAGCGAGAUUGCCGUCAUGCUUGGGCGAUGGUCGUUGUACACUCGAUUCCUCGCCGGCAAAUGCAAGGACGCCGAGACACCAGAUGAAGCUCCUCUUGUGAUACCGGAUGUACUGGUCAAGUCUAAUCUGUACCGCAAAGUGUCUACGAAACUCACCUCUCCUUACAAUGUCAUGACCACCUUUUUCUUCCGUCGUUCGGUGGAGAAGGCUUUCCAGCUAGACGAGUACCCUACUGGUCUGUCACUGAGCUUAAGUAGACACAUUGAAGGCAACGCUCCGUAUAUCAUAUUGGCUGUCGAUGAUGUUAUGUACAUCGUGAACACCGUCAUCCAGAAGUCCAUUUCUACCUCACAACGAGAUGUUAUUGCUUCUGUAGUACCAACGAUUGGCCGAGUUCUCGGCUCCGACUUUGUUGGCAUGAUUCAACGCAAGAUGCGGGACGAAUCGUACCCCCGGCCUGUUGUUCAGGGGGGAUUCCCACCUGAAGAUCGGAUCAUCCAGUUUAUUGUUCUCAUCAACAGUCUUGACAUGGCCAACGAGUAUUUGACUCGCAUCAUCACAGGCCGCAUAGGGGAGUCGAGUGACUCGCCAAACAAUGAUGCUCAAAACGGGCCUCUGAAAGACUCGUUCCCCUUUGAGCGAGAUGUCAUAUUUGUGGCGAAUGCUUUGCAUACUCUUCAGACGUCAUUUAUCGGCAAGUCGACAGAGCUUCUCAACGAGGGCAUUCAAGUACUUUUCAAUCAAGUUGUAAAGCUUCGUCUACGGCCUGUUCUUACGGAGACAUUCCGCGAUGCGGAUUACACAUUGUCCGAAGACGACAUUGCCGAUAUUGCUCAGCAGAAUGACGAAGACGAGGAUGAACUUUUGGAACAAGUGCCUCGGCUCUUCGAGCACGGAUGGGAUCAGCUCAUGAAGCCAAUUGCACGCAUAAUGACCCCCGCAACGUAUACCACUCUACUCGACAUCACCGCACGGUACCUCUCCAAGAUUUGGGAGAAGAAGAUCAUGGGCUAUGCAGGCCGAACCAAUGCUCUCGGCGCAAUCCGUCUCGAACGUGACUUUAUUGCGUUGGUGGACAUAGUCUCCCGUGGAGAUUACGCCGUGAGAGAGGUGUUUGGCAAGGUGCUGCAGUCUCUCAUGGUUGCCAACAUGGAAGACGACGAAUGGGACGAAAUCAUGGCACAAGACGGCGAAGAUGAUGGCAUUGAAUGGGUUCUGACUGAUGAGGAGAGAAGGAGGGCGAGAACCUUGGUUAGAGGCUGA